CGUACAAUCGACGGCAGUCCGUCAGGGUCCCGUUGCCAUUUACAGCUGGCCAAACUGGUGGCAAAUGAAGAAACUUGUCCGAAACUGCAUUCGAACUCUCGCAAGAUGAACUCACUCGCGCAGCGCCCAAACCACUGCGCUACCGCCACGCCACAGCGAUUUCAAAAUGCCGUAUAUGAAUUGUCCGAGUACAUACUUAUUCUAAAGUACAACGUUUCGCUGCUUAAUAAAGACGAGAACGAGGCAUUGAGUCGUCGAACUCACAGACAAAUCGAUCUGUCCGCCAACCACCACCACGACGAAAACAUCAGGAAAUGCUUAAAGGCGGUUGCAGCAGCGGCCGCAGGCGAUUAUUGCCUUCUGUGUACUGUCGAGCUUGCAGCCAGUGCGGUAAGUCACUCCCUUGCCAUACCGCCAGUUUCGCUGGCAUGUCUGUGCGAUGAAUGA